UGCGUCUAUGUCUGUGUGUGUGUGUGUCUGUGUGUAAGGGGGAGAGAGAGAGAGUCCUCUCCCAAGCUCUGUCUCCCAGUGACAGAGGGAUGAGGAAGGGGGGGUGUAUCUUUCUAAAAACACGUUUAACCACACCACCACCCCCACCCACCUCUUUCCCACAUAUCAAAAGGGUGGUACCUCGCUUCUGGGCCCCCCCUUCCCCACCGACCCCUCAGCCCUUACCCUGCUGGGAGACCCUCAGGACAAAUCUUCAUAGACAUUCGUGUCUUACCUGACGUCUUAAUGUUUGAAAGUUUUAGGUCCCUUCCUCCUCUACCGAUUGAAAAUGUGGCGCCUCACAGAGCAUUAACAGCUGGAGAGAUGUUCCUAGUCUACCUCCUGCUGGUCCUCUUCUUCAUCGAGACCAGUCCAACAGGUUACAGAGGUCGAUCCCAUCACAGGCAGAGGCGCCUGGACUCCCAGAUUAUUGGAGGGAGUGACACUAAGCCAGGCGAUUGGCCCUGGCAGGUCAGCCUUCGGAAAUACAGCAUGCACAUCUGCGGAGGCUCCAUCCUCAACAUGUGGUGGGUGUUGACAGCAGCUCAUUGUCUGAAAAAGUUCAGGGCAGAGCAGCUCUCGGUGGAGACAGGCUCCAUUGAACUGGGGCACCACAAGGCGCAGGCGUUCAGGGUGGCUGGAGUCAUCAUUCACCAGGACUACGAUCACUCGAGCCUGGACAAUGACAUCGCCAUGGUGGAGCUGCAGACCCCCAUCGCCUUCAGUGAAGACCAGUUGCCUGUUCUGCUUCCCCUCAGCGACCAGUUCGACAUCGAGGAGUGGAAACCCUGUUUUGUCAUUGGAUGGGGUAUAACCCAACACGAGAAGAGACCAAUGAUUCUCCAAGAGGUGGAAGUGGAGCUCAUUGACUGGCACAGCUGCCAGAAGUGGGUGAAAGAUCUGACGCGGAACAUGCUGUGCGCUGGCUACGAGGAAGGUGGACGAGAUGCUUGUCAGGGAGACAGCGGGGGUCCACUGAUGUGUCAAGGCAUGAACUCCGAGUCUUGGAUCCAGGUUGGCAUCGUGAGCUGGGGGAGCGGGUGUGGGCAGUCUCGCAGUCCAGGCGUGUACACCCUGCUUGCCAAUUACCUGGACUGGCUGGAGACGAUGGCGGACGAGGCCGGAAAACCCUACAUCCCGGGAAGGGACAUUCCCUCUGAACCUGCGCGACAAGUGGUGGAUGAGAACACCCUGUCCCAGGCUUCAUUCCCCUACCGGGAGCUGACAGCACAAUCUUCCAGGGCCUCCAGAACUGACCAUUGCAGCAUCCUCUGCUCGACUGUUACACUGACCUGGGCAAUUCUAUGGCCUGAGAUGAAUAAAUAAACUAAAUAAUAUU